ACACACACACACACACACACACAAGGUUAAACAUAAAAGCAUAAGAAACACAAAGAUCCAUAAGUGAGCAGUGGGGUGAGCACUUGGAGGACUUGGAGGAGCAAAGGUGUUAUAUGGUAAAACAAGUGACCAGGAUAUGAGAGAGGCACUCAAAAUAAAGAUAUCAAGGGAGAUGAAGGCAACUGUGGUAUAAGGAAUAAAAUCACCACUAAAUUGCAUAGUGGAAGAGAGAUAUUUAUUUAACUCAAGCUAGCUAUAUUAGCAGGUGGGUAUGGGACUGGGGCCAAAAGCAGAUAGAAAACAAAACAAAAAAGAACACGAUGGGCAGGAGAUAAUGAGAUAAAUCUUGGGCAUGUGCCUGAAGUAUCUGUGGAAUAUGCAGGUGGUGAUUUUUAGUUGGAGAUUGGAUAUGGUUUUGACACUCAGAACAGAGGUUUAGGUUUACAAUUAUGUGAGCAUUAGAAUAACGGUGGUAGACUGUGAAUAGGAACAGGGAAAUGAAAAAAGAAGAGAACCAAUAAAGAAUCUGGAGUACAGGGGCGCCUGGGUGGCUCAGUUAGUUUAAGUGUCCAACUUCGGCUUAGGUCAUGAUCUCACUGUUUGUGGGUUCGAGCCCCAUCAGGCUCUGUGCUGACAGCUCAGAGCCUGAAGCCCACUUCAGAUUUUGUGUGUGUGUGUGUGUGUGUGUGUGUGUGUGUGUGUGUGUGUCUCUCUCUGCCCUUUGCACUCUCUCUCUCUCAAAAAUAAAUAAACAUAAAAAAUUAUAAUAAUAAAAGAAUCUGGAGCACAGUAGUAUUUAAGAGGUCCAGAUAUAAAGAUGACAUUUCUGAAAGAACCAAGAGAUAACAACAUCUUUGAAACCAAGGGCAGGAUAUUUCAAGAGUUAUACUUGUAAUUCAGUAUGGUGAUCCAAGCAUAUAUAUUUACUUCCCCUGCAUCCAAAUAUAAAAUUAGAGAAGUUUAAAAAUAGGAACACCAUUAGCAUAAUGGGGGAGUGUUAUUGGCAGGCCAUGGAUUUUUAGGAAUUGUCAGCAGCUAUGGGCAAAACUGGAGGAUCAGACAGGAGAAAAGCAAGAUUCUCUGUUCUCUGUACAAUUUGCCAAGCAUAACUUUUCUUAAAGCCUCAAGACAAUAGUCCUUGCUACUUACUAAAAGCAACAUCAAUUCCAUCUCCAUCUUGACUGUUUUUAUUUAAACAAGCAAAGUUCAUGCAGUAAUAUAUUCUCAUUUGAGGAAAUGCAUUUUUGUCCCAGCUCUGCUUCUGGGAGAAGACAAAGAAAGAUGUUUAAUGAUAAACCCACUUAAUGUGUGAAAAUUAGUUAAAAUUAGAAGGAGCAUUUGUGGAAGGAAAAGGCUUAUCUGGCCAAUAUGGAAAGAAAUGGGGACACUUUCCUGAAGGGGAAGACAGGCAGGAGGAUUUAGUACAAGAAAGGCAAAUGCUCAAAUAUCCUUAAAAAAAAUAAAAAAAAUAAAGAUUAUUUUGGAAGAGAGGAACCAUCACCUCACCUGAGCCAUGGUUUUGAGAUUUGCAAGAGGUGACCAGUCUUCCUUUAGGUUCCUCUUUGGAAAAGAGGCAGUUCCUAAGAAGGCAAAGCCAAGAUGAAAAGAAGCCAAAAUGACACUAUACAUGACUUAUAGCUCUCUUAUGACUUAAGUCUCAAUUGAAAUCGCCUCCAUUUCCCUUGCUUUGGCCUUUGACCACUCUGCACAUUCCACAUAAUUUACAGGAAGGAGAAUAAGCUAGACAAAUCUUAUUUUAUCCCAAAAUCCAGAUAUAGAGGCUCUUGGGCAAGAGGUUAGAUUUUGGGCAAGUUCCCCUCCUUUCUAGCACUAAUUUUUCUCUCUUAGCAGCCUACCUUCAAGCUGCUCUCCAGAAGGCUCUACCAUUUACACUAUCACCAGCAAUAUAUGAGAAUAUACUGAUACACCUUGACAAAUGCUACUGAUACCAACUUCUUGAUGUAUGCCAAUACCUUGAUAAAUGCUACCGAUACCAACUUCUUGAUGCAUGCCUAUCUAAUAGGUAGAAAUUGUGGUUCUGGGUUUUAUUUUUCCCAUUAUAAGAGAAAAUAAGCUUCUUUUCAUAAGUUUAAAAAACAUCCUUAGUUUCUCAUCUGUUAAUGGUCUCUUAUAAUUCUUUCACUUUUCUAUUAGAUUUUUAUUUUCUAGAUUGGUUAUUAGAUCUUUUUUUAAAGGAAGGAAGUACUGUAUUCGCUUCAAAUAAUUUAUAGUUUCUCAUUUGACUUUGUUUUUGCCAUGCAAAAAUAACUUAUAGCGGGGGUGCCUGGGUGGCUCAGUCGGCUAAGCGUCCAACUAUUGAUCUCAGCUCAGGUCUUGAUCUCACGGUCAUGAGUUCAAGCCCUGCACUGAGCUCUGCAAUGGGCAUGAAGCCUACUUAAAUACAAAAAAAAAACCAACAAAAAAACCCAAAAACUUUCAACAGAUUAUUGGCCAUUGGCUUAAUACUGUCAGGUGUUCAAUAAUCUACUGUUUCCUCCACUCAUCAAAACUGCCAUCUUUAUUGCUUCUUGGCCUUCUGGCUAAGAUCAAGUAUAACCAUAUACCUUACUUCCUGUAUAUAUCUGAGUAGAUCUGGAUUUUAUAUUUAGUUUUACUGAUCUGUUCAUUUAAUUGCAAAGAUGACUCGGCAGUUAUUAGUUUUAAAACAUAUUUUAGUAUCAGGUAGAGCUACUUCCCCCUUCGUUAUUUUCUUUCAGAAUUUUUGGCUUAUUCAUAUUCUCAUAAGAACUUUCGUUCUUAGAAAUUUCUCGUAGAAAAUUCAAAAUUUUUACUGAAAAUUUAAUGGAAUUGCAUGAAAUGUUAGGGAGUUUUGACACUUUGUCACGUCUUCCUGUUCUUUUAUUCAAGUCUUAUUUUUUGAGUCCCUUAGAAACAUUAAAAGAAUUCUUUUACUUAUACAUUAUGAAAUUCUUUGUAUCUCAUAUUUUUGAUGACCAUUGGUCAUUUUCCACAGUUUUCUGAUACAUAUACAUACACAUAAGCACACAUAUAUAAAUGAAGCUUAUUGAUUUGUCAAUGAUUUUUCCAACAACCUCUGAAUUUUCUAAUUGUUGUCACUGUUUAUAACAGGAUGGUAACUUAUAAAUUUUUCUCUCAGUCUCAGCAGAUGUUCCAAAGAUGGUGAGGAAAGCAAGCUUCUAAGUGUCCCUCAUUCUAAAAUAAAGUCUUAUAAAAAACAUAAAGUUUUGCUACCAUUAAUUUAACUCCUACUUUGUCUAAGAGAGUAAACUAUUUUUUAGGACAUAGUUUUCCAGGUGAAGAAAAGUGGGUGCUUUCUUAUAAGAAACAAGGGGCCCCUCAGAUGCUGAUGUCACUAGGAAACAAAGUGGUAAAGAGAGUUUUGGGGAAAAAUGUACAUAUUUCAGGAUUUGAGAGGGCAAAGUGACUAAGGGGCUAAUUCUCACCUGAGCUCUAGAUGGGCAACCCAUGGAUGGAGCCUGCCUGGAAUGGCUUGGAUUCUCUUGUCCAAGAGGACUCACUGGAGAGACAACAAGACCCACCAGAGCAGGUGGCCAACUGCAUGCCCAGAGGAAACAUUGAGAAGACAGCUGGAGAAGUGGCUGUACCCAUAAGAAGGGAAGUGUAUCUGGAAGUUCCCAGCAGUGGGUUCUCUCAGAAGCUCCCAAUCCAUUCCAGCCAGAGACUACCCACCUAGAGGAAGUAGAGACAAAAUAGAAGUUGAAGAAUUAGAAAAGAAGCUGAUCAUGUACCCUUUUCCCAGGCAGGCUUCCAGUAGGAGGGAGGGUUUUUAUUUAAAACAAGUUUGAAGUAUUGGUGUCUAUAGUGAAUGUUUUUUACAAUAUUCAUUUGUUUAUUUUUUGAGAAGGAAAGAGAGAGCAAGCCAGGAAGGGGCAGAGAGAGGGAGAGAGAAAUCUUAACCAGGAUCUGCACUGUCAGCAGAGAGCCCAAGGUGGAGCUCGAACCCACAAACUGUGAGAUCGCGAACUGCACUGAAACCAAGAAUAGGAUGCUCAACCAACUGAGCCAUCUAGGCGCCCCUAUAGUGAAUAUUUUAUUUAACUAAAUAGUUAUUAUGAGACUGGUCUUGUAUUUAAAUGUUCAACAGAUUCAGUCUUCAGAAUGAGCAAAGAAAUUACUCAAUCUGUCUCGCAAUGCAUCCAGUAGUAGCAGGGAAAAAAAGGGAUUCACCCAAAUAGAAACUUUGAGUGGCAGUUAGGGGAGAAAUUUUUUGUGUCUUGCCCAAUUUUUUAUGGUGUCCUACUCAUUUCAACAUACCAAUCAUUAGUCAGUGUGGGGUUUCCCAAAAUACAAUCCUACCAUCUGAAAAUUAUUUUUAUUUUACUUCCUCCUCUCCAUCAAAAAAAAUCUCUAUUUCACUUAUCCAGUUGCCAUAGAGUGAAAUCUAUAAGCAUAUAAAAUGCCAGUAUUCAGAUAAUCGAAACAAUACAUAUUUAACUGGUCAUGCAUCCAAUUUCUCAAGCGCUCCAUCUCAGUCACAUAAUAACAUUCACGAAUUACUGCGGAUUGUACACACAAGAUACUUGAAAAAUUAGACAAAGACACAGUUAUAUUACCCACGACACAAUCACAGUCCCAUAGGCACAUCACAGGCAUAAUCUCACAGAGCCCAUAACAUACUUCACACAAAAUAGCAAAAUUUUACUCACAAAAACCCCUUACUAUCGUCUCUCCAAAGUCGCAUGCAGUCUCAAAAACAAAUCAACUCGCAUCCUAUUUGAAAAAUUAGACAAACACAGAGACUUUAUCACUUUCCAACAACUGGUUCCACAACGUCACACGGAGUAACACAUGCCCAAGCUGCACAAGAACGGGCACAAAAAGCUACACGAACUGAAUGCCCGUGUGUGCCAGGCCGCACUCCGAAAGCUGGGGUUUCCACACGGUGCGGGGUGGCGGUGGGGGACAAAAUUCCUGCCCUCCCCAAGCUCACACCAACUCGGGCUUCCAGUUCCCUCUUCGGCGCUGUCCAGCCUGGACUACCGGUUCCCCUCUAGGACGCUCCCUGGCCCGGGCUCCCUAUUCCCUUCUCGGCCUUCCCGGCCCUGGCUCCUUCUGCUUAGGUUCUCGCCUCCCUCCCGUUCUCUCCAGGGCCCAGAACUCUUGCCUUCUUCCCCGGCCUUCCUGGCCAGGUUCCCGCCUCCCUCCUCUGCAUUCCCCCCAGGUCCCGCCAUCACCCGCCCCCACCGCCUCGGUAGGACCCACCAGCCUCACCUUCGACCACUGGCCAGCGGUCUGCGCCUGCGUACUCCAGCGCGAGCUGUACCUCCCAAGUGUCUCUGCGGCUCAGUCUUUGAAGCCGCAGCCUCCUUGCGCGCGCUCGACAUCCGGGCUUUUCCAGCCUUGAACUACAUUUCCCAAAGCCCCUGUGCAGCUUUUGAAAAGAGCUUUGAGCCCUGGGUCCUCUCUGGUUAUCCCUCAAAGUCUUCGCGCUCCGAGUGGCCGCCGGAGUCUGGGCGUGGCGGGCGCGCCCAGUGAGGAAGCCCCGAGCCCCCAAGGUGCAGACAGGGCGCGUUGAGCCUGGAGCUCAGGCCUGUGUAUGGCUGUUUGCGUGUGAGCGUUUGUGGCGGUGACAAAGACGAAUGAGAGUGUGGGCGGUGCUGAGGCCGUGACAGGUGUGUGAUUGUGCGUGUACGUCCCAACGCGGAUACGGAACGUUUGGGGUGACUGGUCAGCUGUAGUGUGAGGCACGUGACACUGUGGGGUUUGAGACCGCCCAUCAUAAGACAGUGCUGUUACCUAAUGUGAUGGAAGAAGCUUUUAAUGCUUUGACUGGUACGAGUUCGGUUGUGUAAUGGGAUCGAGCUUCAUUUCUUCAGUUCUGGGUUUAACGUCGGGACUGAGGGGUCUUUUGAAGACCUUUUUGAGAGUAUAUCUGCGCUUGUGAAGACUGCGAUGCCUGUAUUAACUUGAGUCGUCCUUGCACUAAAGCAUGGUCUCAGUUGCCUUCGUCAGGGCACCGCCUCCCUCCCCUCCUCCCCCAACGUCCAGUGCCUAGCUUCUUGCUUAACACAGUGGGGUAUCAGUAAAGUGAGUGUUGCCCAUCUAGAGGCCAAUUUUAGGUUCUAACCUUUUUUAGGAUCUGUAUUCCUGGGUUCCCUGCUGCUGCUUCUUCUUCUUUUUUUUUUUUUUUUUCUCUUGCUUUACAGCCAUGGACCCCAGCUGCAGAGAAAUGGUCACCAAAGGGAGUCCGAUAUUUGAGUGGUAGUAUAAAGUUACAUGCAAGCAAAAAAGCACAAACCAGUUUUUGGAAUGAAAUUUUAGAAUUGGAAGAGUCCUUUAGGCAGAGUUUGGAGAGCCUAGGAGUGGCAUUCCUUCCUUAGAGGAUCUUCCUUGGGAGCUGAGGUCAAGUUCCGUGUUUUAGAACCACAUCAUUCCCAAAGCUGUCUCCCCAGGAAACUUGCUGUGAACUUGGAAAGUUUUCAGCCCUGGAUAUCAGUGACCCUGGCUUUUCCUUUUGAUACUAAAAAGGAUUAGCAGUACUCCCCAUCUCCCUUUUACUUCUGUCCAGUAUGUGUGUGACAGAUGGUGGGAGAUUGUGUGGUGUUGAAGAAUUUCUUCCAGUUUAGCUAGUCUGUGCUCCAAGAAAGGUCUGGUGUCUAAUGAUUCCUACCCUUCCCAUGCCCCUUCCCUUUCCCUACAGAGCUGUUCACUGAGAGAAGAGCUCUGAAUAAAGGAAAACAUUACUGGGCAUAUCUGAAACCAAGCUUAAGGUCAGGGAUUUUGUUCUCCUUGUUCUCUUUUUGUUUUUCAGAAAAAGGAGUAAUUGUUCUGAAAUGGUUAGGUUACUAGUAGGCAGGGCCUUUUGAUGGACUUUGGCAAAAAGCCUGUGGUGGAAGUGACAUUGUAAGAUUUGUGAGACAAAACCUUAGGAGGUCCGCUCUUUUCCUCUUCCUGCCCUGAGGCCACCUUUUACUGAAGGUUAUGACUAGCUUGCUUGAAGAUAGAAGAUCACCUGGAGACAGGCCCAGCUGACAGCGACAGCUACCAGAUAUUUCAGAGACCAUCUUGGACCAUCCAGCCCCCACCAAACCACUGGCUGCUAUUAGAUGAGUGGAAUCAGUAGACCCACUCAGCCAAACCAAGCCCAAAUUGCCAACCCCAGAAUAAUGAGCUAAUGAAUGUUUUUUAAGCCACAAAAAUUUUGGAAUGGUUACAUAGCAACAGAUAACUGAAACAGUUGUUUAACUUUUUUUUGGUAUCACUCAAUAUUGGUAUAAUUGUAUUUGUUAAUCUGUUUUGUAAAGUGAUUUCUCUACUGAUGUUAUAUCUUGAAAUUUUUCUAUAUCCUU